AUGGAGGACUCGAGAGCGGCUCGCAGAUCGAAUUCGUACACAACGCGUCUCGAUCGCACUCUGAAGGUACUGCAGGACCGAGUCAAGGAGCAGGAAGCUCUGUUGGAAGAGCUUCGAGCAUCUAUAGCACCCGUCGAGACCGAACCUUCUACCGACCCGAAAGCCCACCUCCUUCAAUUGCGCUCUUUAACAGCAGCUUACAAAAGCCUCACGCCUGCAGAGCCAUGGCUUCCUCCUCGCGAUUCUCCUCUACCUGCACUCAUAGCUCUGCGUACAACGGAUAAGACCAUCACUGAGACUCGAGACACAAUAGUGAAGACGGAAGUUGAUUUAAAGGAAACAACAGACAGGCUGGAAAAAGAGAAGGCUGAUCUCAGUGAUGCGAAGCUUAUUCAAACCGAAUUAGAAGCGCGCAUAUCAUCACUGCAGGUUGACAUAGAUGAGCGGACACAGAAGUCGCCUAGUGAGAUCGCCAGAGAUAUGAUCCAGGAAGUGAAGAAAAAGCAGACAAAUUAUGAUGCCCGAACAGACAAACUGAUGAAGGCUUUCGAUCAAUUCAUCGACGAUAAAUUGGCAGCCAUGCUUGCCAUUGAAGAGCUUGGUGGUCCCAUUGUUGGAGAUGUCCUGGAUGUUAACGAGGAAAUGCUGGAGGGAGCAUUCAGUACGCAAGGAAAGCCGAAGAGAGCGAAACCAAGCGAGGACAAACGGCAGCGUCGAAUUGAUCAAAUCUGGGGUCCUCGACCAGAAGAUAAUCAAGAGCCAGAGGAACCAUGGGACGAGAAACGAGCUGCGGCAACAGAGAUGCGUGAUUUGACAGAACAGCUGCUGAACAGUCUCAUGGAAGCUGAAGGCACAGGACCAGGAGCAUAUGUCGAGCUCAAGAGAGAAUCAGCAGCUGCUCGAUUUCUAGUGCGUUCGAAAGUCGCACAAUUCCAUCCUAAUGAUGCGAGGAAACUUCGACUUGUUGAUUUUGGAGGCGAGAUAGAUGAUUGA